UGCAAGGUACAAGUGCCGUCGAAUGUUAAACCAAACGAAACUCGCUUCAGUGCCAAUUCCGUAAACAAACGAAGAAAUGGCGAUCUCUUCCACUGAUCUCUUCGUAGUGUCGUUCAUCACUCUGUCUCUCUUCCUUGUGAUUUCCAAAGCUGAAUCGGAAUCAGAGCUGGUAGCCGAUCUCCUAGCCCUCCAGUCCGAAUCAAAAUCAGGAGUCAUCCACUUAGACGACCGGACCGUCUCCAAAUUCCUGACAUCCCCGAAAACCCCUCGCCCUUACUCUUUCAUCAUCUUCUUCGACGCCACCCAACUCCACGACAAAUCCGAGCUCCAUCUCCGGGAACUCCGGAACGAGUUCGCCCUCGUCGCCUCCUCUUUCAUCACUAACAACAACAGCUCCAAUACCAAGCUCUUCUUCUGCGACAUCGAGUUCCGCGAAUCCCAAUCCUCCUUCCACCUCUUCGGCGUCAAUUCCCUCCCCCACAUCCGCCUCGUCGGCCCCACUGCCAAAUCCCUGAAAGAUGACUCGGAGCAAAUGGACCAGGGGGAUAUCUCCCGAAUGGCUGAGUCGAUGGCCGAGUUCAUCGAGUCCAGAACAAAACUCACCGUGGGUCCCAUCCAUCGUCCGCCCAUUCUUUCUAAAAGGCAACUCGCUCUAAUCGCUGCCCUUUUGUUAAUUUGGUCUCCGUUUGUCGCCAAGAAAAUCUUCGCCGGCGAAACCCUCUUGCACGAUCCCAAAAUUUGGCUUUCCGGAGCCGUUUUUGUCUACUUCUUCAGCGUUUCGGGGGCAAUGCAUAAUAUAAUAAGGAAAAUGCCGAUGUUUUUGGUGGAUAGGAACGAUCCAAACAAAUUGGUUUUCUUUUACCAGGGAUCGGGGAUGCAGCUAGGAGCGGAAGGGUUCGCGGAUGCGACCGCCAAGCGUGUGGCGAUGCUUGUUGCGAUUUUCGUUUCGUUCUGGGCGGUGAAGAAAGUGAUUCUCUUGGACAAUUGGAAGACUGGAUAUGGGGUUCAUGGAUUCUGGCCUUCCAGUUGGAACUGAAGGCAUUAUCCUUCUUUGUUUUCUUGGCUACUAUGAGGUGAAUUAUGGUUUUGACAUUUGGAGAAUUUAGUUGAGAACUUGAUAUCAAUUUUCGAUUUUUAAAUGUAUAACUUUGCACGAAAUGUUGGGCUUAUAGAACCAUUAGUUGAUUACAAGUUGACAUCUUUGCUUGAAAAGUGCAUUUGCUAUAAGAUUUUCAGAUGUUAAUUAUAGUGCCUUA